UCAAGACACGCCUCCAGCGAAACAGGUCCUAACCCUAGAUCGAUGCUGGCGGCGGAGAGGGAGGUUGAUGCGUUGCUGACGGCGGAGAAGCGGGAGGUGGUGUGCCGUUUCCGCGAUUGCAUAUGCCGCUGGUUGUAUUUUUCCCUGACAACCCGCGUCGCCCCCGGGAUUGACUACGUCGACAUCCCCGAUGCCGACCGCCGCCCCGCCUGGUCGCUGCUCGUCGGCGUCACCGACGGCGCCUCCUCCCUACUGGUGAGCCGUAUCCGCGUGGCGCGAUCCGGGCGUAUCCUCGGCCGGAGCGACGACGCGCUCGACGUCUUCCACAACAUGGUCCUCGCCAACCCGCCACGGGACACCUUCGAAGCUGCCGCCGCACCCCUGGCUCCCGAUUGCUCCUCGAUCUGCGUCGUGCGCUGCUACGACGACGAUGAGCAACCCCAGGCACUGCAGCUAACUCUCCAGCCGCACACCGACGAUGACACCAUGGAGUUGCCUUUGCCGGAGCUUGAAGGGGCUUGUCCUUGCAUACCAAUCUACGCCGACGGCCACAUCUGGGUUCUGUCCGCCACCCUGCUAGACGAUGACAUCGACUCGUUCCGCGUCGUCACGCGACGCCUUGUCGACGGCAUGCGGUGGGAGCACGUCGGCGCCCCCUUCACCGGCUCUGUCAUACACUACAAGCGCCCGCCGUGGUCCGGCUACUUCCUCCAAGGCUACGCCGUGCUCCCCGACACCGACCAGAUCCUCGUCUCCUUCCAGAACUUCGGCCUCUUCCUCACCUUCCACACCAAGUCUGGCCGCUGGACCCCGGUGCUCACCGACACCGAAGAACCAAGGUUGGAAGACUACCUUCCUAUCCACGGCCGCGGCAUAUAUGUCCGGCAGCACCAAGCCGUCUACAUGCUGCGCGACAGCACUAUCUACGCAUACAAGCUCUCCUACCACAAGCGUGCUCAGGGGACGCCGCUGCUCAAGCUGGAUCCGCCUGUGACCAUCGACUUCAUCUGCCCUUUCAUUCCCGAGAAAGGGUAUGGGAUCCUCACCCGCCUCACCGACCGCCUCUUGUGCUCCGUCUGGAUCAGUCUCGCGUGGCGCAAGCCAGCAUGCCCGUGCCACUACCUGCACGCCAUCGUCACCACCUUCCACCUCCGCGACGAGUUUCAGGGAGGAAUCAAGGUGCUGCACUCUACUUACCGCCGGGUAGACAUUGUGCCCAACCCACUGGCGGACCAGAACUUCUGUUUUCUACAGGAGUACGCGGACCAGGGCUCUCUGGUGCUGGAACAACAUGAAGAAAUGCAAGAGGAUCUAAUCAGUUCCCAGCAUGUCGAUGAACCAUCUGAGAUUCUUAGUUGUUGCAGAAGAAUGCUGGAUAUCCGCAAAGUAAAACCCAGUCCCGUUCGCUUCAGUGAUCGUUACAUUAUCCGCGACUGGUCUCGCGAGCCAAAGAAGCCCUCCUCGACAAUUCCUCCUUUGGGAGUUGGGACCGAGUCGCAGCAUUCAGGUUGACUUGACCGAAAAUGCUGAUGCAAAGCUGAUAUGGGGCGUGUUCCAUAUCAACAGCCGUCGUCGUCGCUGUAAGAUUCGCGCUCCGGGCCCACGAGCUGCAAGGUUUGACCGGGCCUUUUUCUCCAAUACGAGAUUGCAGCAGUACGAUACGAGAGUAUACGGUGGGGCCCUGCUCACCUGUAUGGUACUGUACAAGCGGAGACGAGACUCACACCCUCAGGCGAGAGCGGAAUCGGCAUCUAGAUCCAGACGCCCACCGGCGAUGCAGGUCCAUCGUUCUCCCUGUCCUCGCCUCCUAUUCCUCUGCUCGUCCGUGCGUCGACCAGAUCCGAGGAAGAUCUGAGAGAGCUUCUCCAUGGCGGCCACCAAGGAUUUACCGGUCUGCUACUCAGUGGCCGGGCCUCGCCAGUCGCCAUGCCGCGUGCUCUUCCGGCGUCAAGGGAGCUUCACAGCUUGCAGUACCGGAGUCGGGCUCGCUUGACUGUUGCGCCAAGUAUGGGGAUGGGCGACGGCGACCCGAGGCUUCCCCGUGAUCUGUUUCUUUGGUCUGCACUCUGCGUUUCCUUUUUCUUUACCUGGAGGUGCCAUUUUUAUCACAGCACCCAGCUUUGCGAUCCCCAUUUCCUUCAAUUGGUUCCCUCUGCUUUUUUUUUGUUCGAUCUCAAUAGUUUGGUAUGCUACAGUAUUCUAAGUUCUUCUCCAGUCCUUUGAGUUCAUUUUUUGUGGUAGAUUGUAUUGUAUGAUAAUCCAUAUGACAAAUUACUACAAAUUUAUAUUCGGAAUUUUUUUCUAAACUUUAUAAAUAAAUUCACAACUUUACAAUAGCUAACAGUGAAUCUUGUACAUCAGUACCCAUAAAGAUUUUUGUUCGGGAUCUUUUCCUACCAGUUGCAAAUGCGUUCGGCUUACUCCUGUUCGUUUCAUAAAUUAAUUCUGUGCUUUAGUAUUCUAGACAAGCAUAGACGACGCUGAAGUUUAAAAAUCAAUAGAUCAGUACCCGUCAAUUGCAGAUGCACUUGUUGGCCACCAUUUUCAAAGCAGGUCAGUCUGCAAUCUAGCUGCAGGUUUAGGCAAUAAAUGAUCAGCUCAGGGGCGGCUUGUAGUGUUGUAUGUGCUACCAUUUGGAACCUUUUUAAUUAGGGAGUAGUUUUGUUGAAGAGUGUUGUUUUAUAUUAUGAUGUCUUCCGUAGCUGUGUGUUCUAAUUUAAUGCCUGAAGUUAUUUUAAUGUAUCCCACACUGUUAGAUUUACUAUUUACCGUAUUUAGUUAUGAAGUUGUUUAUGGCGAGAUAGUCAGUCAACAUAGCAUAUGUUUAUCCCCCAUAUAAGGCUUCCAAAUAGCCCGUAUCUAUGCCCCAGGAGAAGUUUAUGAUGCACAUAGCUCUUUCUGUUUUAUUUGUUGCUUUUGGUAGCAAAUAGCAGGUUAUGGUCAAUCUGAAUCUAAAUGAAUGUAAAGUUCUCCCAUCUUUGGCAGUUUUCAUGCUGGCUUUCUUAUUUCUAUUGUUCUGUGAAAUGUUUCAGUUCUGAGGUUUUCAUUUAUUGCUAUAUGUCUAUUGCAUUAUUCACGUUCAGUGAAGUUCUCUAUGGUCAAUUCACAUCGAUGUCGUCUUUUAUCAUUCAGAUGUCGCCAUGGCGUAUUCCGGACAGCCAAGGCAGGAGCCGAGACGGGACCGGAAAAUCCAUUCUCAGUGUGGCUGUGCUUACCCUCGUGCGUCACCGCGAGGAUUGUGCUAGAGCUGCAUCUUGGGCGGCGGCGACUGGAGGCUCCCAUGGAUCUGGGUUCUACGUUUACCUUUAUUUUUCGAUCUGGGCCCACAUUUUUUUACAGCCUCCGGUUUUCGUCUCGGUUUUACAUGGCGGCCACCAUCAUCGUCCUCACAUAUUUUCUGGCUGCAGGAGGAUUUCAGUAGUAGAAAUUUAGACUAUUGAAUGCACAGCUUUGCCACUUCAAGUUGUAGAACUUUCUAAACAAGUUAGCACUUUGUUGUUGCAGGUCUAAUUACUUAGUGCUUCGGAUUGUUGUGUGAUGGAUUGUUGUUUAUGGUAAUUAGGACAUGAGUUUGAUGUAACACCCGUGGAUGAUUAGCCUACAUAUUAAGUUAUUCCAUUAGGUGUGCUCAUUACACUUAUAUCUAUGCUGUUAUAUGUAAUUCACCAUUAGGGUGUAGUUUCUAAAUAUUCUGCUCCAAAGAGAUGUGUCGUUGCUGUCAUAAGUUGGAGGAUAUUUUUUGCUCA